AUGGGCGACUAUUUGACAAACGAGAAUGUCGAUUUCGACGAGCUACUCGCCUUCGAUGAUGAAGAAUUAGAGGAUUUGAUGGGCGAUCAACGAGAAUCCAUCCUCGCAGCGAGUUCCAUGGAAAAGUUCCCUCGAAAACUCCAAAAACCGCGAAAACUCGAGCCAACUUCCUACCAAAAGACCCGGCAGCUCAACGAAAAGCUCGUCCGUCGCGUGCAUCAUCAUUUGAACGAGAUGUCGACGUCGGAGAUGCGCAAAAUUCUCGGCGAUUUGUUUCUGCACACUGGCGACUCGAAGAAACACCUCAAGAAACGCAUCCGCUCGGUUUUUCACAAAGAAUGGGGCAUCCUACGUCAUCAAGUCGAUCAAACGAUUCCAAUUCAUCAGAAGACCGCUCACUACUUCAAUUACUUGAUCUUCGUCGACUUUGAGUGCACCUGUGAAGAGAUUUUGAAUCAAUACCCGCACGAGAUCAUCGAGUUUCCGGCAGUGCUCGUGGACACUGAGAAGAUGGAGGUUGUGGCUCAAUUUCAUACCUACAUCAAACCCGUUGCUCGGCCGAUUCUUGACCCAUUUUGCGUGGAUUUCACGAACAUUCGGCAAAAAAACGUCGACGAGGCGCCAUACUUUCCCGAGGCUUUGCUUCGUUUCCGUGAGUGGAUGAAUUCCUACAAUUUGGACCAACGGACCGGCAAAACGUACGCUUUCGUCACCGAUGGGCCGUGCGAUUUCCAGAAAUUCCUGCUCUAUCAAUGCUUGAUUCUUGGCAUGAAACUGCCCCACAUUUUCCGAAAUUUCAUCAACAUUAAACGGAUCUUCGAGCAGAAAGAGGUUAGACUCGAGGGCAAGGGUGAGCGCGACGAGCAGGGGAAAAGGAUCACGAGCAUUCAGCGAAUUUUGGACUACUACAAGUUGGAAUCAGUCGGCAGGGCGCACUCGGGGUUGAUCGAUGCACAGAAUUUGGCCAAAAUCGCAUCACAUAUGAUCCAAAAGCGGAGGAUCGAUUUAAAAAUUAAUCAGACGAUCAUCCGGAAAGCUCGCGACUCUGAUGCACACUUUGAGCGGAUUUGCCAAAAAGCGAAAGAAGAGGAGGAUCGAGUGAAAGCGCUGGAGACGCUGGAUCGAGCACUUUGGGAUAAACGACUCCCCUACAAGCAUCAUUACAUCUGCAUGGCUGAUUUCUACUCGGAACGGUAUUUGGAUUGCAGUUCUUGUGAGGAAGACGAGGAUUCGAUUGAGUCGGAGAGUGAGGAUGAAGCGGACAAGUUGCCAAAGGAGCCGCUGGUCAAAGAGUUCACGUUGGCCACCACCGAUUUCUGGGAACCCGGCUGGGGACAGAUGAAAAAUAAUUACUUGGUGGCGAAAAAGUUGCAUCGAGCGACGAUCAACCGCAAAUCUCAGGAACCAAAGAAG